GGCAGUCAAAGAUAAAUAGGAUCUCUUCGCUAUGAUAGGGCUACAGUUUUGGUUAACUAUAUUCCUCCUUUAUCUCACGGAGGCUGUGGUGCAGCAUAGAUCCCUGGAGGAUGCCAGGCUGGAGAGGCAGCGGCUGGUGCAUCGCUACAGCAAGGUCCUGAACAAGGAAGAGGGCGCCAUACGUCUCGUGGGAGGAGACAAUGAAUACGAAGGCAACAUCGAAGUCCUCCACAAUGGCAAAUGGGGUGCUGUCUGCGAUGACGAGUGGGAUGCCGCCGAAGGUCACAUCGUGUGCCGGCAAUUGGGCUUUCCCGGGAUGAGGCGGUACACCAGAAGUGGCUACUUUGGUGCCGCCCGUCGUCGCUUCUGGAUGGACAACCUCUUCUGCGAGGGCCACGAACAAGAGCUGGUCAACUGCCACUUUGAGGGCUGGGGCGAGAAUGACUGUGAGCCUGGGGAGGCGGCGGGCGUGGUGUGUUAUCCCCCGGAAAAUGCCCUAAUACCCCUACCUGUGCCCAUCCUCCGGGAUGAGGAUCUGCCCAAGUAUCCCAUCCACUCACGAUCCCGCUUGUAUGUGCGUCUGCGAGGUGGCCGAAGUCGGAACGAGGGAAGGGUGGAGGUCAGCCUGGAUGGCGGUCGCUGGGGCAGUGUCUGUGCCGAUGGCUGGUCCCUCCUCGAAGCCAAUGUCCUGUGUCGCCAGAUGGGCCUGGGCUAUGCCAGCGAGGCCUUCCAAACGGACUUCUUUGGAGGAGCCAAUGCCUCGCAACCUGCCCUGAGUGGCACCGAGUGUUAUGGCAAUGAGACCGAGUUGGCCGACUGCCUGCAUCACGAUGCUGCUCGAGGCAUAGUGAGUUGCCAUGGGAAUAGACAGCAUGUGGCUGCUGUGAUCUGUGAUUAUCUUUCACCUGAUUUGGUGGUGGAUUACCUGGAGAUAGAGCAGACUGCCCACCUGGAGGAUCGACCCAUGCUGCUCAUGCAGUGCGCCAUGGAGGAGAACUGUGUGGCCAAUGAGGCCUAUCAGAUUCAAAGAGAUGAUCCCCAUUGGCGGUAUAGAUCGAGAAGGUUGCUUAAAUUCACAGCGGCAGCCAUCAAUGCAGGGAAUGCGGAUUUCCGGCCUUUCAAGGAGAAAAGCCAGUGGGAGUGGCACAUGUGUCAUAUGCACUUUCACAGCAUGGAGGUCUUUGCCACCUUUGACAUCUUCGAUUUGAGUGGACGUAAGGUGGCCCAGGGACACAAGGCUUCCUUUUGUCUAGAGGACAGCAAUUGCCUGCCAGGAGUGCCCAAAAAAUAUAGUUGUGCCAACUAUGGGGAUCAGGGUAUUUCCAUCAACUGCUCGGAUGUCUAUCUGUACAAUCUGGACUGCCAGUGGGUGGAUAUAACCGACCUAAGACCCGGUUCCUAUACCCUUAAAAUAGCCAUUAAUCCAGAGUUCAAGGUGGCUGAGAUGAACUAUGACAAUAAUGCUGCCAUUUGCGAUUUAAUAUACACUGAAAACUUUGCCAGAGUGCAAAACUGUCAGCUGGCAAGGCCCUAAAACAAAAGAGGAAACUAAGAAAAAGAAGAAGAAAAUCCAAGGAAAAGGGGUUUAAACCAAAUCGAAAAAGUGCCAAAUACUAUAAUUAACCAAAGGGAGCUUGUACAUUAUCUAUAUCUAUUUUAUAAAUAUUAAUUCUCUAAUUUUUAACCUCUAAUUAAACUCAAACUUAACUAUGAA